AUGCUUUGCGCAAUCUCAGGAGAGGCACCUCAAGUGCCUGUCGUCUCUCCCAAGAGCGGCAGUGUCUUCGAGAAGCGCCUCAUUGAGGCUUACAUUGCCGAAAACGGCAAAGAUCCCGUCAACGGCGAAGCGAUGACCACUGAAGACCUGAUCGAUAUCAACUCCCAGCGCGUUGUUCGGCCUCGCCCUCCUACUCUUACCUCCAUUCCCUCGCUCCUCAGUGUAUUUCAGGAGGAGUGGGAUGCACUUGCUCUGGAAACAUAUACUCUGCAACAGAAUCUGGCACAGACGCGGCGCGAGCUGAGUGCGGCGCUGUACCAGCACGAUGCCGCCGUGCGCGUGAUCGCACGGGUCACUAAGGAGAGAGAUGAGGCCCGCGAUGCGCUUUCGAAGGUCACUGUUGGUGCCAGCCGCUCUGCUGGUGCUGGUGAAGCUAUGCAGGUGGAUUCUGAAGGUCUGCCUGCUGCGGUUGUGGAGAGAAUUGAUAACACACAUGCUAGUCUCUCAAAGACCCGACGCAAGCGCCCUGUGCCCGAAGGAUGGGCCACUACUGAAUCUAUCUCUACAUACAAGCCCUUGGAGACCUCCGAAGCUCUUUACCCCGGUGGUCGUGCCUUGUCAGUCAACUCUGCAGGAGAGCUGGCUCUCGUUGGCGGUGUUGAUGGCGUCGUCGGUGUCUAUUCACUCACCCAAAAAGCCGUGGUGCAGACUUUGAAGACAGAUGGUCCUGUGACUGAUGCCACCUGGGCUGGUAACAAGGCCGUUGUUGGUUCGGCUACUGGGUCCGUGAAAGUCUUUGAAAAUGGCAGCGAGAUUGCAAGCUUUGCAUCUCACGCUGGGGAGGUUACAGCCCUUGCACUUCAUGCGACAGGUGAUAUUGUUGCCUCCGUCGGGGUUGAUAAGAGCUACGUGCUCUACGACCUAUCCACGAACGCCGCAAUUACUCAGGUUUUCACCGACUCUGCUCUGUUGUCUGUGCAUAUUCACCCCGAUGGCAACCUUCUGGCAGCCGGUGCCGCCAACGGACAGAUUAAGAUUUUCGAUAUCAAGACUGGAGCUGCCGCGGCUAAUUUCGCGAUGUCUGGUCCCGUCAAGGGCCUUUACUUCUCUGAAAACGGCACUUUCCUGGCGGCAGUGGCUGCUCAGUCCACCACCGUCUCGAUCUGGGACCUGCGCAGUGCGAAGGAGACUAAGGUGCUGGACACUGGAAGCUAUGUCAACUCUAUCUUCUGGGACUACACCGGACAGUUCUUGUUGACUGGUGGUCCGAGUGGAAUUACUGUCCAGCAAUUCAACAAAUCAGCGAAGCAGUGGUCCGAGCCAUUGCGGAGUGCAGUCCCCGCUAUUGCUGUAGCAUUCGGAUCUGCAGCCCAGAGCAUUGUCUCCUUGAACGAGGCAGGCGUCGUUACAGUUCUGGCGCAAUCAUGA